UUCUUCUCAUUCUCUCUCUCUUUCUAAAUUUGCUACCUUUAAUUUCUUCUCUCUCACACACAGAGAGAGACCCAGCAGAUCGAAAUCUCCCAAUAUUUAGUUAGAAUUUGGUGAGGAUCUAAGCUUCUUCAAUGGGGUUACCAAAACGCUAACUUCUUUCCUCCAUUUCCCCAUAAUUACUGCUGCCACUUUAGCUUUUAUUUUCUACUUUUUUUUAUUUUCCUAUUCUGUUGGCUUCGUCUUUUACAGUAUGAAACCCUCUGAAUUCCGCCUUCCUUAAUUAUCGGAAACACUGCUCUAUGAUUUGGUAUUGCUGAGGAGAGAAGUGGUCUCAGGAUGUGGUUAUGAGGAAUGGGAACGAAGAUGCAUUGCAAAAGCUACUUCCCAGGAUUGUACACGAUGAGGGACGUUAAUGAUGAUUCUAGCAGUAGGACUCUAGAAAAUGGUUACCCGGGGCAUGAGAAAGACUCCUUGAAACAAAAAAUGCUUGAACACGAGGCAGUAUUUAAGAAUCAGGUUUUGGAACUCCAUCGUCUUUAUAGAAUACAAAGGGACAUGAUGGAAGAGUUCAAAAAGAGUGAACCACAUAAUGGUGAUCGAGCAUCAGUGGAACCAGCAUCAUCAUCAAGUCUUCCAGGACCUCAAGUGCCUUCAGAUGAAGCUCGAAAAUGGCAUAUGGCAGGUUUUCCUUUGUCGAAUUCUGGUUAUGGUAGAACAUCUGUUGCUGCUGUUGAAAAUCUUAGUUCUCCCACAACUUGCACAAAAGGGAACCCUAUACAGCCAGGUCGGCUUCCUUUCCCAAAUGGGUGCACCACAAUAAACUCUGAAGCAUUAGACUCACGACCACUGAAAGUAAGAAAGAAGUUAUUUGAUCUACAACUGCCAGCUGAUGAGUACGUAGACCCCGAAGAAGAGGACAAUUUGCAGGGGUACCAAAAAUCUGGUGUAUCAAGUUCUUGUCGUAACGGUGAUCUGAACAAUGGGCCUGAAAAUGUUAUGAAGUCAUUCAUUGGUAGUCAUGCAGUUAAAAGAACUGAUUGCCCAGUGGAUGCUUCAGCUUCAGCUUCAGCUUCAGCUUCUGCUGCCUGUUUAAGGAGUUCUGUUGGUUUGGCUGAUUUAAAUGAACCCAUUCAAAUUGAAGAAGCAACAGCUCCAUCAUCAAUUGAUUUCCUAGGUCAUACUUCACAAAAUGGAGAGGCUAAAACCAUACACCAGCAUGCCAAAUCAACUGCUAGUUUUUUAAGUGUAGCUGGAGAUCCCGUGCAUGUGCGUGAUGGAAUUUCAAUAAAUUCGUCUGUUGAUAGUCAGGUUAAUGACAGGGGAUGGUUUCCCCAUGCUAACAGAGCAGGAUCCCGGAAGGGUAACCUAAGUUCUGCCAUGCAAGGUUGUCAACCAGAUAAGUCACAUUUAUCUUCCCAUCCGGGGCAAGGGACCAUUAACCUGGUUCAUCAUCCUCCCGGAAUGUAUUCAAGUAAUUACAAUAGGGAAGAGAAAUGGAGAGAGGGAUUCCAGCAUGGUUUAGAAUCUUCUGAUAGAUGUUAUAGUCACUCCAAUAAUAGCCAGUUCGAAUCUAUAGCUUCUCAUGCUCCCGGCUCUUAUCCAUUCUUUAAUUUGUCGUCUUCUUUUGCCAGUUCAUGGUUUCAGACUGUCUCAUCUUGGGCACAUCCAUCAAGUAGUUUUACUCCCAAGGUAACAACACCAGAAACUUCUAGAAAUCCAGUAGAAGCAAUUGGUAAACAUUUGCAGCCUCCUGCUCCAUGCCAGCAAUCUUUUGGCCAAAAGUGGCAUGUUAAUGGAGGUUUGGGUAGUGAGCUAAAAUCAAAUGGAUUCCACCAUUCAUCUUCAUCGACUAAUCAUGGCUUUGCGAGUUUUCUUAAGGGUCCGUAUCAUGCUGAUCCAAAGCCUGCUAUGGAUAUUAACUUGAAUGAAGAGCUUCCCAAAAGCCUCGCAAAUGAGAAUGUGAUCAUGCAGGAUCUUAAUAUGGCAGAUGGGAAGAGCAAGCCUGAAGACAAUCAUCUGGCUUUGCCAUGGCUUAGACCUAAGCCUGUGCAUGUUGAUCGGGUUAUGGAUACGAGAAGAUCAGAAGUAUCGAGAGAACUAGGCUACCGUCUUGAUUCUUCCAAUGAAUUGUCUAGCAAUAAUGGAACAGUUAGAGAUCUUAAUCAACUGUUUUCCUCACAACGUAUGUCUACUUCAUGUGAUUCUGUGACUCUAAGAGUGAAGGAAGCAGCAGGUCAACCUCAAGCCGUUAAGAAAAUUCUCGGCUUUCCCAUUUUUGAGACAGAUGUACGCGACAAUGAGAGGUCAUGCCCUGAGUCCAUCUCAGUGGAUGUCAAUUGUAACCCUGAAGGAAGGAAGACCACGGGUGAUGGAAGAAAGAAUGGGAUAAUUGAUAUAAACGUAGCAUGUGAGCCUGAUGAACAAAUUGCUGCUGAUGAGCCAAUUAUGGAGAAACAAAACCAAAAAAAGGGCACUCAUAUUAAGGACCACAUUGAUUUGAAUUGUUGUGUUAGUGACUCUGAAGAUCCUUCAUCGCCCUGUUAUGAACGGAGUGAUCCCAGAGUCAAGAUGACUUUGGAGAUAGAUCUGGAAGUUCCGAUCCUUGAGGAGAGCGAGGAUGAUAGCAUUGAGCCGAAAAGAAAAAUGCUGAACGAGGUGUCCUCGCAGCCGUUUGAAAAUAAGGAAGUUCAGAAUGAGGUUCUUAGAGAUGCAGCCGAAACUCUAGUUGGCAUCUCAUCAUUUCAACAGGUCGAUACAGAGGAUAUUGUUGCUCUUCCUUCUGAAGAUUCAUUGGGAGAAGCGUUACUUGUGUUGGCCAAUGCAUUAUCUUCAGAUUCUAAUGAAGUUGUGAACACAUCAGUCAAGGAUGAACCACCAAAGGUGGAUUCAUCCCAGGGGAUAGAUGAUUUUGAGGCUAGGGCGUUGCAACUAGUCGAGACGAAAGCAGAAGACUACAUGCCUACACCUUUUAUUCCUGAACCUCAGAAAGUCGAAGAGACACGAGCUCGGCCUCCUCAGACCAGAACUCGUAGGGGUCAUGCAAGGAGAGGAAGGCAGUGGAGGGAUUUCCAAAGAGACGUUCUUCCUGGUUUAGCAUCACUGGCAAGGCAUGAGGUGACAGAAGAUCUCCAAAUAUUUGGAGGGAUGAUGAGAGCCACGGGCCAUACUUGGAACUCGGGGCCAGCAAGAAGAAAUGGCACCAGAAACGGGGGUGCUCGGGGAAGGAGACGAGCAGUGGUUGAAAGCGUCCCGCCUGCCAUUGCAAGCGCGGUCUGCGCUCCGUUGAUACAGCAACUCAGUAGCAUCGAAGCCGGUUUGGAGGACAGAAGCCUAACAGGAUGGGGCAAAACGACGAGACGUCCCCGCCGGCAGAGAUGCCCUGCAGGUAAUCCUCAUACUGUGGUGCUAACAUAGUACAAUGGAAAAGAGAGGCAUUGCAUUCUUGAAUCGGAGUUCUAUAGAUUAAUGUCCCAACAUAAAGUAGUGUACUUUUUUUUGGGAGUGAUGUUGGUUAAUUGUCUUUGUAAAUGUAGUGGUCGUGAUUUAUGCCCUUUGAUUCAGAAAUAAUGUGGCCCCAUUCAUAUCUACAUAUAUACACAUCCUUGUUUUCAAUGUCAAA